ACACGCAGGUACAACAACUUCUGAUGUUUUGAGUAAGUACAUUGUAACAAUUAAAGGCCGUGAAGCACAGAGGAAAUAGCGAGUACUUAUUCUACAAAUGGCCACCAUUGUCUUUUGUUCAGUAAAUAAAACGACUCAAACUACCGCGAGACGAUGUUUAUUAGCACCUUUAAAGAGGCUUGUUAGAGCAGGAGAGUCGCAUUCGUCACCUGCCUUGCUUCCGGGAACGAGAUGGUUGCGGUUCAUGUCCCAUGGGACCGCGGGGAGAACCGCAGCCGGGAGAACCAGAAGGGGAGCCCUGGCGCUCACUGGGGCCGCAGCGGUGACUGCAGCAGCGGUAGUAGCGGGGGUUUUGGCCAACGCUAACCACUUCCAGCGUGCUGAAAUGGCAACGAAAGUAUCACCAGCCGCUGAGGAGAGGGAGCAAGAGGGGGAUAUUUUGGAGAGAUGCCGGGAAUUCAUGUCUCCUCCGGUGUCCGACGUCGCUGUACUGCAGGAGAGGAAAGGGGAAAUGUGUACUAGGAUGGAGAUGCUGAUCAUGCAGACCCAGGCCGAGUUCUGCAAAGCCCUUCAGGAGGUGGAUGGUGGGACCUUUAAGGUGGACAGGUGGCAGAGGAAGGAAGGGGGAGGAGGAAUCAGCUGUGUUAUGCAAGAUGGAAAGGUGUUUGAGAAGGCAGGUGUCAAUGUGUCAGUGGUGUUUGGACACCUGACCGAGGAGGCCGCCAAGCAGAUGAGGAGCAGAGGGAAGGUCCUCAAAGGGAAAGAUGGUAAGCUGCCGUUUUGUGCCAUGGGUGUGAGCUCUGUUAUCCACCCCAAGAACCCCCACAUCCCCACAGUGCACUUUAACUACAGAUACUUUGAGAUCGAAGAGGAAGAUGGCUCUAAGCAGUGGUGGUUUGGCGGAGGCACAGACCUGACGCCAAUUUAUAUGAAUGAAGAAGAUGCUUUUCACUUUCACAACACCCUGAAGGAGGCAUGCGACAAACACCACUCGCAGUACUACCCUGACUUCAAGAAAUGGUGUGACAGGUACUUCUACAUCAAGCACAGAGGAGAGACUCGGGGUAUAGGAGGGAUCUUCUUCGAUGACUUGGACUCUCCAAGUCAAGAGGAGGCAUUCAGCUUUGUUAAGAGCUGCGCUCGCACUGUGGUGCCCUGCUACCUGCCCAUUGUAUACCAACAUCUUAAUGACUCCUUCACUGACGAAGAGAAGGACUGGCAGCAGGUGCGACGAGGAAGGUAUGUGGAGUUUAACCUGGUGUACGACAGGGGAGUGAAGUUCGGCUUGGCCACACCCGGCUCCAGAAUUGAGAGCAUCCUCAUGUCCCUCCCUCUCACGGCCAGGUGGGAGUACAUGCAUGAGCCUGCCAAAGGUACCCGGGAGGCCGGCAUGCUCGAGGUGCUACGAAACCCCAAGGAAUGGGUGUGAGCACACUAUUAACAGGUUUACAUGUCAGUAUGGACAGCCAGGAAAUCAUCUGUGUUGUUAUUAAUAAUGGUGAGACCUGUUAUGAUAUAUAUCAGCAGCAGGUAACAGAUUACUGUGUAAUAUGAAUUUGCAUUGCACUUGUCUAAAGAGUUCUUUAAUCGAUACCGGUACUUUUCUCUCUUUCUUGUUUGCCUUUUAUUUUGUGAAAGCAGUUUUGUUGACACUUGUAUACUCUGGGAUCACAUUGCUGCUCCUAAUAAGAAUUUUCAUUUGAAUGACUGAGCUUUGUGUCAUGGCACACCGCAUGACACGACCAAAUAAUGUGACUAUUGUACCUGCUCUGAGGACGCCCCCAUUUGAUGAAGUCCCACUUCAGAGAAGUGUUUAUGUAAAACACUAGUGUGUGGUUUUUUUUCUGAGCCCUACUCUACUUUAAGCAGGCAGAGCUCUUCUCUCCUCUUACAAAGCACUCAAAGAGAAAAAGGGACAAACUGAGCUCUGUAUGUUUGUAUGUGUGCCAAUGCUUGUAAAAAAAAUCUGAAUAAAUCUUGUUUUAAUGAUUUAUUUAAA